GCUGCUGGUGCAGAAGGGCUACCAGGACACCGACCCGGCCCCCCGCGCCGCCGUUGUCACCAAGCUGAAGGGGGCGGCGGUCGCCGAGGUGGGGGGCGCGGGCCGGCGGCUGUGGGACGCGGCGGACUACGCCCGGCCCCCUCAGGGAGAAAAUGUGCUUUUUCUGGUGACCAAUUUCAUCGCUACAGCGAGGCAAGGUCAGGGCACCUGUCCCGAGAGCCCCUCUGUUCUCGAUGCGAUGUGCACAGAAGAUGCAGACUGUCCCAUGGGAAACCCGGUGGUUCGUGGCAACGGGAUAAAAACUGGGAAAUGUGUGAUGUUUAACACCACCCAUUCCACCUGUGAGAUCUAUGGCUGGUGUCCUGUGGAGAACACCACCCUGCCCAGGUGCAAUACUUUGCAGACCAAUGACCCCACCUAUUUCAAGAGUUGCACGUACGAUCCAUUCUUCAACCCCUCCUGCCCCAUCUUCCGUGUCCGUGACAUGGUGGAGGCAGCUGGAGAGACCUUUGGGGACCUUGCACUGCUGGGGGGGAGCAUCGGAGUUCGCAUUGAGUGGGACUGUGACCUGGAUCACCCCGCUGCCCAGUGCCAGCCGCAGUACUCCUUCAGCCUGCAGGACAGGAGGUACAAUUUUAGAACUGCCUCCUACUACUGGGACUCCCAGCGGCGGCUCUACCGGAACCUGCUGAAGCUCUAUGGCAUCCGCUUUGACAUCUCCGUGCACGGCCAGGCUGGGAAGUUCGGCAUAAUUCCUGUUGCUGUGAGCUUCGGUACCAGCAUCGCAUUCUUUGGUGCCGCCACAGUGGUCUGUGACCUGGUUCUGCUCUACCUGGAUGCAAAGGCUGACGUCUAUUGGAAGGAGAAAUUCGAGGAGGCAAAACCCCCUAAAGGUAAGACAGAGGCUGCAGCUUAGGGACAUCGGGAAUGCUCUGCCACAAGCACCCUUCACUCCGGAGCAACCUCCAGGUAGCUGCGAUGCGGUCAUGGCU